AUGGAGCCGUUCUCACUAGCGUCCGAUUCAGGUCCUAGACCUUCCGUUUCCUUUUGGGCUCCUCUCAGAAGCCUGGGCAGUCCGGGAACAUCAAACGGUGGAACCACUGAGGAGCAGUGUACCGAAUCGUCCCACAAAACCACACACAUCGAAAUAGUAACUCCUGGAGACACGGCGAAAAGAUCCUUGCGAAAUGAUUACUCUUCUCUCAACACUUCAAGGGCCGAAGUAGAAUAUUUCGUUCCAACGGGUACCGUUGUCCUUAACCCCGAGCAGACCACAAAGGAUGGCAGACCAUCAGGAGGCAACCAGUCGAUCCUAGCCUGUCCUAAUGAUACUCAAAAGGGGAGUAAGUCUGACGCCGACGUCCAGGGUACCUGUGAGACAGAUGGCGUUGCAAGCGCUCAGCCGGCAGAUCCACACUAUCAGCUCCACUCAAGUGGUCUAAAGGGACCCGCAGUAGCUCCCGAGAGCGCGGGUGCCGGACCAUCAGACGCAGACGUAACCGGAGCUCGACCUGAUGGUAGAGGAAUCCAACCGACGUUUCAUGACCAUCCAUGCCAAACGUUUAUGUUACCAGUUCAUCACGAACUGGAACCAUUGCCGGCAUCUAUUUCUCCAGCCCAAGCCAGUGCCCCGGUGAGACGUUCUCGGAAUGUCAGCGUGUCUCCGCAACCUUUCCCUCUAGCCGAUGAUGAGCAGACGCUCCAGGAUUUUUACAUGAGAAUGGGCGCAGAGAACGCAUGCGGUGAUAGACUGUGGAGAAUGGUGAAGCAGUUCGCCAAUAGUCCGUCGCACAUAUCUGGAGGUCAGCAAUUGGGUCUGCGGCGCGCCGCCGAGCUGCUUCAACUCGCAAUUGGUAUCGCUUCACCGCAAGCUCUGAUAAUGCUCAAAGAAUGCCUGCGCGAGUUGCGGUCGGAAUCUCCACUACUAGAAGGUCACGCAGAGACGGCCGGUGGCGUCUUUCGUGCGCUACAGGCCUUUUCUAAGGAAAGCCACGUCUCUAAGGUAGGACUGAGAUUGGCCCAGUGGAGGUUGUAUCGGAUGAAAAAACAUUCCGAAUCCUUUUCGGAGGAAAUCAUCCGUUCAAUUCCGCCCGGAAAAGCAGUGCCUACGUCUGCAGAAAUCCAGCGUGUUCUUGCAACACACAAAAAAGGAGUCUACUGGGACAAUCUGGUGGAGGCCGCUGGUCACCAAAGCCCGAAUAUCCUAUGCCUCCUUCCUCCUGCUGUUAUCGGCCCCCCUCCCUGGAGGCGCAAGUUCACUGCUACCACGUAUCGAGACAUGCCCAUCGCCGAGAAAGCAAUUUUAGGGAAGCUCCUGUGGAGCUUAAAGCGCCAAAUCUUUUUAUGCGUGGAUAGGGACUUACCGAAUGUUCUUCUCCGCAUGAGACCCCCCGUGGGUCUUUAUCCGCUAGAGGGAACAAGCGAUGAAUUCCUUUUGCGGAAUGGUUCAUCGCUGUCCUUCGACCCGAAUAUGUUGAGCGAAACUAGUCGCGCUUAG